CCAAGGCCUUCCUCACAUUUACUGCCUGGCUAGAGUGGUUUCUUACGAAAUAACUUUAUUAAAAAAACAUUCAUGGUACUGUUUUCUAGAGUUUUCUUUCCUUUUCCCUAAUAGGCCUUGAGACAUGGUACAUUACAAACCACCAAUUUGUCAAUGUUUUAAACUGGCCAAGGCCAGAUGUUACAGAUCUUUUAUAGUGGACAGGGGUACAGGAUGAGUUUUCCAGGAUGGCACGUCAGUCUGUUCUGAUUGAUUGGUCAGUUUAUAUUUUUGCCCAUGAUUUAAUGGACAAAAAUCUGUUACAGCGACGAUGGACAAUGUACAUUGCAGCGGCGUAAAAUUAACUGAUGACACUACUAUGUCUGAGUGUGGAUGUUUUGACGUGUAAAUUCUUCUUGUGAAUCCUGUGUUAGGAAGAAACUUGGGAUAAAUUAACAGGUGAAUAUUUGUUUAGCGAUUUUCUUAUUUGUGCUUUAGUGCAAGUUUGUUGUCUUCUGUUCUGUUUUGAUAAAAUGGGGCUUUUUUACAGUGCACUUGUUCUGAUUACGCAGUUUUUCUUUUUACCAAAAUGCUGUGACAACAGCGGACAUAUCUGGAGACUGUCAGCAGCGUUUUGUGUGACGUUUAUAACGACUGUUUUUGGAACUACGUUUCCCCCCGCGCUGACCGGUGCCUGUUGUCGUCGCAGUCACCCUUGACCUAACAGAAUCGCCGUGAUAAUGCUUUCACCGGCUGAAAAAUAAUCUUACCUGACGGAAGGUCAUUAAUUUUUCAGGGGUGAACGCUUAAGAUGAGACGAUGGUAUUGGUUUACCUCUGACAGGUCGCCUAUACUUGGUAAGGUACGGAAAAUCUUGCUAAUUUGUUUUUGUAAACAAUGGUACCUCGGCUAGACUCAGUUUGGAGGUUUUGCCGAAUAAGAGCGUUCUUGAUUUUGGUGCUCAGCUAUGUGCUGUUCCUCGUCUUCGGUGGGUUCAUGUUUUUGGCACUAGAGAAGCCGGAGGAAGACGCUCUCAUAGCCGAGGUACGACAGUUCCGCAUCGAGUUUCUGGACCGCCACCGUUGUGUGAAAGAGAGCCAUCUGGACGACCUGCUCAAGAAGGCACUUUUUGCAGAAAAACGCGGUGUUGCCGUCCUGGAAGCGGAGGGGGAGGAAUACAGCUACGAUUUCUCGUCGUCCUUGUUUUUUGUUACAACUUUUCUUACUACCACGGGUUACGGCAGCACCAUGCCGAUAUCCGAUGAUGGGAAGCUCUUCCUAGUGACGUACUCCCUCCUGGGUAUACCCAUAACCCUGCUGCUCCUGUCCUGCCUCACCCACCUCCUGUUGCCCUGGGUGACCCGGGGGCCCGUGCGCUACAUGCAGACGCGCUGGGGCCUGUCCCACAGCGGAGCGUCGCUGGCGCACGCCGGCUUGCUACUGGGGCUAACCGCCGCGCUGCUCUUCCUGCUGCCCGCCACUGCGCUCUGCCUCCUGGUGCCCGGCUGGAGCUUUCUGGAGUCCUUCUACUUCUGCUACAUCUCCCUCAGCACCAUCGGCCUGGGGGACUACCUGCCCGGGGGAACCCGCAGCCUGGCAUCCCGGAAGGGGCUUGAGUUCGCCAUUUCCUGCUACCUGCUCCUGGGGCUCAUGGUUCUCCUGGUUGUCCUGGAGACGUUCUGGCGGCUGCCGCAGACCCAGGCCCUCGUUCGGUUCUUCGCCGGGCCCUGGGAAGGCCCGCUGGACGGGCUCGCGCUGGACGAGCUCACGCUGAGCGGAGACUUCCUCCCCCCGCCGAAUCUGAAGGAGAACGCCCCCCCAAAAGUGGAUCCCCGGUACGUCUGCCCCAUCUCUACCAUCUCCCCGAGCGUCCCGGACUCACCCCGUCCGUCCUCCACCCGCUCCCCACCGCCCCCCCAGAACCUUAGACCUAGACCAGUGCGGGCCCUAGACCUGCGUCCACCUGUUUCAAUGCUGAGGUAACCGAAUGAACCCCAAUCCCACAAAUGUUCAACUUAGUCAACCCCGAGACCACCUGCGAAUAAAUGACAAAAUAAAAGUCCUCAUGCGGUGCGACUGAAUCAUAUCUUGACUUGCACACUGUAAUUGAACCUGUUUUUAAGUGCAGUAUAAUACCUUACAGGUAUUUUUUUUAUUCAAGCCUCAUACAGUGGAUUUACACAGUGAUCAAGGCUAUUAUUAUUUUCACUGAGCUUUCUGACAGUAGCUCAGAUGCGUAAGCAUUCUGGGUGUGAGCUGUGUUAAAUUUUCUAGCAGUUUUGCAUGCGGUGAAGUCCAUAUAGAUACCAGGUAGAUCUCUUUGGUAUCCUCUGUAGAAGCCAUAACACAGUACUUUUGACAGUUAUGGCUGACAACGCAUGUGGGCAAAAUUGUUGUGAUGACAUUUUUUCUUGGUUUUGAUAUAUAUUUAUGUAAUGUCUAAGAAAAUCUUAUCAAAACCCAUUUGGAAAUGGCUUGAGCUCUUAUGAUAGCAAAACAGUUUUCAUACAUGCUAUUGCUGUCCACUCUGAGGAAAAUCCUUUUAUAACUGCAUACCAUUGACAUGACAUACAGAGUGAAUUUGCCUCUACAAUUAAAAUGACCUUUUUUGGAGUUUUA